AGUUCUUUCUUUCAGGAUGGCGCUGUAACAAAGAAGAAUGAGUACUGUAUACCAGAGACUAUAAUAUAGAAGUAGGAUUUCAAAGUAUUUCAGGUGUGCUCAUUUCAAGGAUUCUUCUUGGACAUUUUAAGGGGUCCUACUGAGGGUCAAUUGAAAUUUUCCAGUGUGCAGCGUCAGAAUAUUUCAGAAUUGCAGUGGGAUUCACUUCCGAACACUUUUUAAAGACACAAUGAUGCAGUAUGUGGUGUCCAGACCACUUUACACAGAAGAUGACUUUACAGAUGAGCAUGAGAAAGUCUGUCGACAACACAAGACAACACUCGGCCAUGUUAAAGAAUACUUCACUUGCAACUCAGAACGUGCAAAGAAUGCAGCUUUGUCUUUGCUGCCAAUCAUUGGAUGGAUGAAAAUGUACAAUAUCAAAGAAUGGAUACUGGGUGAUAUUGUAUCUGGAGUGAGCACUGGGCUGGUGGCUGUACUGCAAGGACUGGCAUACAGCUUACUAGCAUCUCUUCCUGCCUGGUAUGGAUUGUAUGCUGCCUUUUUCCCUGUAAUCAUAUACUUUUUCUUUGGAACUUCUAGACACAUCUCUGUGGGAGCUUUUCCAGUCCUGAGUCUCAUGAUAGGGUCUGUAGUGACCAGGCUGGUACCUGAUGAUGGUCCUCCAGCCAACAUCACAGGCUUUGAUGGGCUUACAAUGGACCAGCAAAGAGCCAUAGUGUCUGCCUCACUUACCUUUCUAAUUGGCAUUUUCCAGCUUGGCAUGGGGUUGCUGCAGAUUGGAUUCAUAGUCAUUUAUCUGUCUGAUACUCUGGUGUCUGGGUUCACUACUGCUGCUGCAGUCCACAUCUUGGUGUCACAACUCAAAUUUAUUUUUGGGCUGAAGGUACCAGGCUUCAGUGGACCAUUCGCCAUUAUAAAAAUUCUGGAGAAAACCUUUGGACAGAUCACAUCGACAAAUGUCCAUGAUUUGGUGACGUCACUUGUGGUAAUGAUUGUUGUAUUCAUUGUGAAAGAACUCAAUGAAAGAUUCAAGAAAAAGCUUCCGGUCCCCAUCCCAAUAGAAGUCAUCAUGACUAUCAUUGCAUGUGGAAUAUCUUAUGCAUACAAUUUCAGAGACAAUUUUGGAGUGGAUGUUGUAGGAAAAAUACCAGAUGGAUUUGAGCCACCACUUGCUCCUAAUUUUCAGGUCUUUCAGGAGACGGCAGUAGAUGCUUUCCCAAUGUCUAUAGUUGGUUUUGCUGUAGCUUUUGCUGUGGCUAAAGUCUAUGCUGUCAAACAUGACUAUGUUAUUGAUGGAAACCAGGAGCUCAUAGCUUUUGGUGCAAGCAACAUCUUUGGUGGAGCGUUCAAAUCCCUGGCAGCUAGCACAGCUCUCUCCAGGAGUGCAGUACAGGAGAGCACAGGGGGCAAAACACAGGUUGCUGGUCUUCUGUCUGCAGUUAUUGUCCUGGUAGUAACUCUGGCCAUAGGGUUCUUGCUAGAGCCACUGCCGAAGUCAGUGCUAGGUGCAGUGGUAAUAGUGAAUCUGAAAGGGAUGCUGAUGCAGGUCUGUGAAGUCCCAUACCUCUGGAAAAAGGAUCGACCUGACUGUUUUGUUUGGGUUGUGACCUGUGUGGCCUCCAUAUUGCUGGGGCUAGAUCUCGGCCUUGCUGUGGGACUCGGAGCAGAGAUGAUUGUUGUUGUCUUCAGGACUCAGUUUCCACACUGCUGUGUCCUAGCAAACAUCGCUGGCACUGAAAUUUACAGGAACCGCAAAGACUAUGUCAAUAUAUAUGAACCAGAGGGAGUGAAGAUUUUCAGAAUUCCUUCACCAAUAUUCUUUGCAAAUAUUGAUUUCUUCAGAGACAAACUGAUUGAUGCUGUGGGCUUCAAUCCACUGAGGGUACUGAGAAAGAGAAAUAAAGCCCUGCGAAAAAUUAAGAAGCUAAUUAAGAAUGGGGAACUCAUAGUCACAGAUAAGAGACUAUAUGCAACAGGCUUCUUGGUAACUGAAGAGUCAGAAGAUGAGAGCAAUAUGGAGGACUUAGAUAAGCCAGUAGACUUCUCGGGCCUUCCUAUUCAGGUGAACUGGAGAGCAGAGCUUCCUGCCAACAUCUCUGUUCCUCCAGUAGACAUCCACAGUCUUGUGCUUGACUUCUCUGCUGUCUCCUUCAUUGAUAUCUCAGCCCUCAAAGGUCUUAAAAUGGCUUUGAAAGAGUUUAUCCGCAUUGACGUUGAGGUCUACAUUGUGGCCUGUGAUCCUUACAUCAUUGAGAAACUCAAGAGCUGCAAAUUCUUUGAUGAUGAGAUUAAAACAUCCAUCUUUUUUCUGACCCUCCAUGAUGCUGUGCUGCACAUACGUAAUCUACAUCCACCUUACAGCAUUUGUGAAAAGGUAUAUAACAACAUAAAUCACAAGCUGAAUAAUGAAAAUUAUAACAUGCGCAACAGAGAAAAAACAGGCAAGAAACCAGAGACCAGGUUGUAAUGAACAAUCAGUAUCUCACAAGUAUGUUGGGGAAACCAAGACAGAAUCGACUAUUGGAUGUUUUAAAUCUUGAGAAUUAUUAAUGUAAUUUAUAGCUGGAUUUUUCUGGCAAAAUAAAAUGUAUAUUAGUUGAAAUAUAUAUUAGAAUUAUAUUAUAUAUAUAUUAGGCUUAGAACAAAUGCGUACUGUAUAAUGUUUUGAUUUUUUUUUUUACAAACGAAAUUAUGCAUUUUGAGACCUUUUAUGUGUUUUAUGUUUAUAUAUACACACACACCAUAACUUUGUCACUA